GCGGGGCUGCUGGACAGCAUGGCGGCCGAGCUCGAGGGCUCCAAGGCGCUGGGCGGGCUGCUGAGCGGCCUGGCCCAGGAAGCUUUCCACGGGCACCAGGGCAUCACGGAGGAGCUGCUGCGGAGCCAGCUCUAUCCGGAGGUGUCCCUCGAGGAGUUCCGCCCCUUUCUGGCGAAGAUGAGGGGCAUCCUUAAGUCGAUUGCAUCUGCAGACAUGGAUUUCAACCAGCUGGAGGCAUUCUUGACUGCUCAAACCAAAAAGCAAGGUGGGAUCACAUCUGACCAAGCUGCUGUCAUUUCCAAAUUUUGGAAGAACCAUAAGACAAAAAUUCGAGAGAGCCUCAUGAACCAGAGCCGUUGGGACAGUGGGCUUCGGGGCCUGAGUUGGAGAGUUGACGGCAAAUCACAGUCAAGGCAUUCAGCUCAAAUACAUACCCCUGUUGCCAUAAUGGAGCUGGAAAUAGGAAAAAGUGGACAGGAAUCAGAAUUUCUGUGUUUGGAAUUUGAUGAAGUCAAGGUCAGUCAACUCCUAAAGAAGCUCUCAGAGGUAGAAGAAAGUAUCAGCACACUGAUGCAGCCAGCCUAGCUGAAGAUGGAGUUGUUGAAGCAAAGGUGUUCAUGAUCCCUCCCCAGUGACCUGCGAUUUUUUUUUUUUAAUCUUAUUCACCCAUUUUAUUAAAUCCUCAAAUUCAAAUCUGUUUGUCUCACUUGCUGAGAUUUCUUUUGUCUUUCUCUUUCAUUCAUUCUUACAGUUGUACUACUUGUAGAGGUUCUAAAACUUUAGCAUGCAGAGUGCUCAUAAAAGCACCUUGAGAUCAAGAGUCACCUGCUUCACUGAGUAAGCCAGCCCGGUUCCCCAUUAUAAAAGCAUUUUAAAAAGGCUUAAGGGCCAUAUCCCUAGACACUUGAAUUCAGUAGGACUAGGUGGAGUCAACUUCAGGAACCCUUACUAUGGUGGUCGGUUCCUGGAGUAGGAUUCCAUAAAUCAUGGAAGAAUUAGAAAAGGGGGAACAAAACAUUUUAUUCAUGCAAAUACAAGGCUGACCAAAAGCCAUGUGUCUUGAGCUGAGGCUUAGAAAGCCUGCCUAACCUACAAAAAGUUUACUGAUCCUGGUAAAACCUGUGAUGCUCCUGGAACUGAUUCAGACAUUUGGAUUCAUUCUCACUAAAUAUGAGGGGUCUGGUUUGAUCUGAACUACUGAGAAAGUUGGGCUUUUCUGGAACCUAGAACUAAACGGUCCUUGUCACAAAGGGACUGACUCCCUUUAUACUUACUUCAAGUCAGAGUUGUAUGAAAGGAAAAAUGUCUACUGAGCUGAUGUGAGGUCUUUUACAUCAGAAAAUUUUACUUGGGUCAUCAAAUAAAACCUUUUGAAGAAAACUAAUAAAGGGGUACCUGGCUGGGUCAGUUGGUAUAACAUGUGACUCUUGAUCUUGGGGUUGAGGGCAUAGAGAUUACUUAAUAAAUAAAUACAAAUUAAAAGAAAGAAAAAAAAAA